AAUUUUCAAUUUAUCCUGGUCAGUCAUAUUAAUUGGUAGUUUUCAAAGCACAUCGCGGGAAGUCUAGAAAACAAAACAGACUGAAGAAAUCGAAUUAUACUCUUCUUUUGAGUAUGAAAUUGGAAGACGUGGCUUUCUACAGAAUAAGUAAAAGAAUGAAUAUUUAUAUGCAUGUUUUCCAUGAAAUAUAAUUGAAUUUUCAAGGACAUCGAAAAUUAACAAGAAAAUUGCAUACUACUUACGUAGUCAUUUUUUGCAGAGUAUAGAUCUUGCAUGCAGCCGAAGAUAAGUUCUUUCGAAAGCCGACAUCCUGAGGUAACUGGAUCAUUAUAGAUUUAUGCUGCAUCAUGAUGAGUUUUACAACACUACGUAAUUUAUCUUUUCGAAACUAGAACGCAUUUCGAAAUGUUGGUUGACAUUUCAUGAGUUAGCACAUCUACUGUAGUGGGUAGAGGUACGAGUAGCCGGAUGUAUAGUAUGCCGCGGGUGGUCAGUGAAGUACGUCGGGCUGUUAUGAGUGUUAUUUUUUGAAGUAGACAAAGGAGUUGUUAAGCGUACCGGACGCUGUCCACUCCGAUUCCGCCUGCGAACAGCGGAGAAAAAUCUUGACUAAAUGCGAAAAGUUAGCUAGGCUGACAGAGUGGCCAAAUAACGUCCUUCGGGCCAACAAUUGACAAGUUGGCUGUAAUUUGUCCCGUCAAGUGAGCCGAUCAGCUGCAUUGACCACGCCCCACUUGCCUACAGUUGUGGCAAAAUUUAUUUCCUUUGAUCCACCGUCUUGUCCUGAUGCUUUGCCAUCGAGAGCAAAUUCCUGAAACAAUCAGGCAUACACGAAAGGAACAGCGCUCAUGAAAAUUUGGUUCCCUGAAAGGAUUCGUUUUGUCAUUAUUACAAUAACAUGCCUCGCCUGCUGCAGUCAUACUCAUUAACGCUGCCCCUACACAUGCUCAAGGCAGGUAUGACAGUCGGAUUAACUUUGUUGGAAGAAAAAAAUCAAAUUAGGCGCAGCUAGGGCAGAGGAUAAAAUGCCAUAGGUUGCCAUGGCAACCAAACGCCUAGGUUUUAAUCCUGAGGGCGAGCUGGCUAUCACAGACAGCAGUGGUAACGCAAGCAUCGAGACAGUUUAAAAAUAGUCAAUAAACAGUGUGGCACGUGGUCUACCAAAAGUUCCAAAAUAAUGCUGUGUGUUUUCCUGUUCUCUGGCCAAUCACCAGGCGCUGGCGUGCUGGUGGCGACGCUCUGCUCAGCCGCGAACAGGACAGCCAACUCAGGUUUCUUAGACGGAUGCCUCCAAAAAUUACGCGUGAUGCAGUGCUCUCUUCCCCAUAUGCCCACUGUCUUCAUAAAGGGAAGAAUACGGUCUGGUCAGAAUAACAAUUACAAAAAUAAGGCUCACAUAUUGAGUCACAUUUUAGAUUGGUUCAGACCAGAACUUAUUAGUCAGUCUAGGCCAGUUAUCAGUCUUAAUGUUGGAGUACGAGAGUUAUAUCUGAGGCUCCAGUACGGAAAGUCGAUACAGUAUGCGGUUCGAUAGUUUUCCUGGAGAAGAGGAAACCAGUCCGGCUCCCUUCCAGGCGUCCUACAUUGAAAUAUCAACCGGAUUUCUGAUAUUUAUUUUUGAUUAGAAUGGAUUACUUAGGUGGGGUUCCAAUAAUCCUUGUCGUACAACAUAAUUCCAAAAUAUUUCAGCCGCAACAGGAUCUCAGCUUUCGAAUGAGCUUCCCUCCGCCCGCCUGUAGAGACCACAUUUGGCAAGAAGUGGCCACUUAUUUAGUAGGAAUUUUCCUUAUUCUGUUUCGCUGCUCUUAUAAAUUCACGUAUAUUUUGUAGAAGACAUGCACAAACAUUUUCCUUGUACUCAUUUGGUACCAAAUUACGUCUCCAAAUUUAUACUAGGAGAAAAGGCAUCUUUCGGCCUCAGAAGAGUUUAUGACUUUUAAAUGUUCACUCAUACAGCAUCGAAUCUGUCAGUUUGGGAAACCUAGAUGCCCGACGUUGCUGUAUGGAGCAGAGACCUGGACGGUGUACAUGAAGCGGGCACGUACAUUCAACAACUUCCAUCUCAGCUGUCUUCGUCGAAGACUGAAGCUGAGGUGGCAGGACCGGAUCCCAGACAAGGACUUGCUGGAGCGGACGGGAAUCCCAAGCAUCUAUGCUAUGCUGAGGCCACUACAAUUACGCUGGACCGGCCACCUCGUACGGAUAGGCGACGAGUGGCUACCUAAACGACUCUUCUACGGAGAUGUCACGAUCGGUUCACGCCGUAAAGGACUUCAAAUCCGGCGCUAUAAGGACACUCUGAAAACCUCCCCGAAGCGCAUGCAGGCUAACCCGGCCAAUUGGAAAGACCUUCCGCCGGACUGACAUACGUAGAGGAGCACAGUAGAGACAGGCGCAGCAAUCUUCGAAGCCAAUCACAUCAGCUCCGUCAAAGCCAAACGCGAGACAUUCAAAUCUCAACUGCACCCACCGCCGCCGCCGCCGCCUCACAACGAUAACGCCCAACAGCCUCCAACGUACCCACGAUGUCAACGGACAUUCCGGGUGCCAAGUAGACUUGUUGGACGCCCCCGGACCAACUCCAGCAUCCGGACUGCACCAACAGUCGUCUCUCCGUCCACCUCUCCCUCGCCUCCCACGCCAUCAAGUAGCGCUGAUCGCCCCCCCGAACCACCACUACCCUCCCCCUCCUCCUCCUCCUCCUCCUCCUCCUCUCUUCCUUCUGCUCCACCACCAUAG